AUGGAAUUUGAUAAACCUCUUCUUAGACGUCUUAUAGAAGAACAAAUCCCAGAUGGUAGAUCUAAAUUAGAGGAAAGUCAUACAAAUCUUGAAAGAGUUGCUGCUUAUUGUGAAGCUAAUUAUCUUCAAAGUGAAAAUAAAAAAGUAGCAUUUGAAGAAACUAAGUCAUUUGCUAUUAAGAGUCUUGGUAGUGUAGCAUAUCAUAUUAAUAACUUAGCAGUCAAUAUUCUUCAAACAUUAAAUCUUCAAAAUGAAAGAAUAGACGAAUUACAGUUAGAAGUAUCAAAGGCAAAUCAUUUGAUGAAAAUGAGAAAAGAGAAAUGUGGUAGAAGGCAAAUAGGAAUGUUAGCUGUUCCUAAAAAAUCUUCAAAUGAUAUUAAAACAGAAAUUAUUCAAAGAAAACCAGCACCACAUUAUGAAAGAAAACCUAUUGAUUAUAGUUCAUUAGAUGAUAUUGGCCAUGGAACUAUUAUACCAGAUUAUCAUGCACCUCAAAAUAUAAUGUCUGGUAAUAUUUAUGCAUCAACAGGAGAAAGAGUUAUGUCACAAAUUGGUACUAUUGCUCGUGCUCCUAGUUCUAUUUCAACAACUUAUGCAUCUACAACAGAUCUUCAACAUAAACGAUCUAUUGGAACGUUAUCUAGAAGUGGUGUAAGAUCAACUGUUAAUGAAGGACAUUACCGAGUACCACAAAUAGCUCCAACACCUAAAAUUGAUCCUGAAUUAUAUUCUACAUUAACAAGAGCUCAAGCAUCUCAAAUGCGUCAACAUUAUAAUAAUUCUCAUGAACAAGAAAGUCAAUCAACAUUAUUAGGUGGUACAAUUUAUGCUCAAGCUAAAUAUUCACAAAAUUAUGAUGAUCGAAAUGUUUAUGGAGGUUAUAACACAGGAACAUUACGAUCUACGGCACCACAUUUUUCUGGAGUAAAUCAAUAUGUACCAAUAUCAGGUAUGAAUACAAUAAAUAAUACAAAUAUGAUGACUGGUACAUUAACUAGAAAAUCAUCUAAUCCAAAUGAUUAUUCUUCGUUGUCAAAUAAUAUGGCAAAUUUAAGAUACAUUGGUCAACAACCAAUUUCUUCAAUUCCACCUAUUGAUGAUGAUGAUGGUUUACCAAAUCCUCCACAAUUAUUUAAUUCACAAUUUUAUAAUAAUAUACAAUCAUCAAUUGGUUCUAAUGAUUUUAAUCAUAUAACAUCAAUAAAUCAACAUUCUAAUGAAAUAUCUUCUAUUAAUGAACCAUCAUGGGCUCCAGUUACAUAUAUUGAAAAAGGCGUUGUUAUAUAUGAUUAUGAUGCAGAUAAACCUGAUGAGUUAACACUUAGAGAAGGUAAUAUUGUUUAUAUAUUAAGAAAAAAUGAUGAUGGAUGGAAUGAAGGUGUUAUGGAUGGUACUACUGGCUUGUUUCCUGGAAAUUAUGUCAAACCAAUUGUUUAA